AUGGCGGCCCGCUGCCGCCUACUGCUGCCGGGCGUCGGCGAGGCGUGCGUCCCGCUGCCAAUCAGCUGCCAGGCGCUGCGCACCGCUGCGCUCCAGCACUUUGGGGCGGCGCUGCCCGGAGAGGAUUUUGUGAUCACCGACACUCUGGAGACCUUUGAAAGCGACGCAGACAUGCAGCGCAUUCGCGAUGGCGCCACACUGGUUGUCACGUCUGCUGCCAACCGUGCGCUGGCGGCGCCCGCUUCCGAGCGCAUCAGCUUCCAGCCCCAUCCCAAGACGCUGACCAUGGCCGGCGAGUUUGAGUACUUUGCAGCCCAGGGCCGUCACCCCUUUGUGUAUGCGCUGGCCGAGUUUGUGGACAACAGUUUGCGGGCCACGCGCCGCACUGCGCCCCACCCACGCUCUAUCACCGUCUCGCUGGUGGUCUCCGGCAACAACCCCGCCACAGCACGUGGCCUGGUGGCCAUCCAGGACAAUGGCUGCGGCAUGAACAAACUUGAGCUGACAGACUGGGCGGUGAUGAACCUGAGCAUGGAGGAGCGCGGCGCGGCGCCGCAGGAGCCGCAGCCGGCGGGGCGCGGGGGCGGCGGCGCGGCGGGCGCCCCUGGCGCCGGCCGCUUCCUCACUGGCGACCUCUCCUUCUUUGGCGUUGGCUCAAAGAAUGCUGGAUUCUUUAUGGGCUCCUCCAUCAAGGUGGCCACCAAGCGGGCAGAUGAGCUGUACGUGCACGAGCUGCGCCUGGCAGCCGCCGACCUGGAGCAGCGGUACCAGAACCGCGAGGAAGUCUAUGUGGAGGAAAUGAUCCACCGCAACCCAGCAGACCCCUCCACCCUGUCAUCCGCGGAGCAGCCCUUCAGCUGUGCGCGUACCUGGGUGGCGGCGGAGGGCGAGGAUGCCGAGGCCGGCGGCACUGGGCCCAGCUUCACUCGUGUGGUGAUUAGCGACUUAAAACCAGAUGUGCUUCGCCAGAUCAUGGCCGAUGAGCAGGGUACCCACAUCUGCCAGGAGCUGGCACACUUGUACCACUACUACCUGCAUGGCGAGCAGGGCAACCGUUCCGGCGGCAGCAAGGCGAUGCGCGAGGGGCGGCUGCCCAACGGCGAGCCCUUCCCCGAAAUUGUGCUGCGGUACCAGGUUGACUCGCGCAUUGUGUGGCAGCAGCGGCUGGCUGAGGUGGAGGACGACUUGGAGACGCGGCUGCUGCGGGCGCAGCAGGCCGAGUUGCCAUUCACACUGCAAGGCACAGUAUGCGGGGUGCUCUACUACUUCCCAUUUCAAAAUGACCAGGAGACGGUGCCGGUGGAAAACCCGCUGACCUCCUCCAAGCCAGCCACCAGCCCCUUUGGCCCUGGUGCCCGUGCCACCCAGCUGGGUCCCACGCAGCUGCAGCCACGGGGUACGCAGCACCUGCCGCAUCGCGCAACGCAGGCGCCACGUGGCACGCAGCUGGUCGGCGGGGCAGCAGCAGCAGUCGGCGGGCUGGAUGAGGAAGAAGACGAGGAGGCGCAGGGCGGCUGGCAGUCGGUCCCCAUCUUUGAGGCAUUCUGGCAGGGCCGCCUCAUCCCUGGCGCCCGCAUUGACACCCUGCCCUUCCUGGAGGCCGACAUGAUCCCUGACGAGGCCUUCCGCCGCCUGCGUGGCGCGCUCUUCUUCGGCCCUGCCUUCCGCGUCACCAGGAACAAGUUGUUGUUUAGAGAUUCUCUGCCCGAGGUGCUGGCCACGGCAGUGCCGGGGGAGCGCCAGAUGGAGGCCAAGUUGCGGCAGUGGCUUCAGCGCUGCCACUCCACACUGGACAAGUCGGUGCGAUUUGAGACGCUGGCCGACUCGCGCACACAGUCUGCGCUGCGCAGCAAGCUGGGCGAGGAGACCACCGCCUUUGACAGCAUCACCGAUGGCGCCCACACCAUUAGCAAGGGGGAUGUGGUGCGCGUCAAUGCCAAGCCGCAGGUUGUGGGAAGAGUGCUGUAUUUCACCAUUCCUCAGGCUGUGCGUGAGGAGGGCGCGUAUGCAAACGGCCGGCUGCACAUCGAGCUGAUCCCUGCCGAGGUGUACGGCCCGUCGUGCGAGAAGCAGUUCAGUCUGCGGCGCCUGGAGGCAGUGCUGAGCGAGGCGGAGCAGCAGGAUCACCUGCAGAAGGAGCUGCUGAGGGCGCCCACUUCGCUGCGCAUCGAUCCCAUGCGGUUUUCGACUGGGCAGGCCCUGGAGUUCACUGUCGGCGACACAAUCCCCGAAACUGCGGCCUCGGUGCUGAGCGGCAGCGGGCAGCGCAUGUCCAAGACAGCAUUCACUAGCGAGCGCUUCUUGGUGACGCAGCGCCUAUGGCGCUUGCCUGCCGGCGCUGAGGGCCUGGCUGGAGGGGCGGGAGAUGCUGAUGCAGCGGCGGCGGCGGCGGGAGAGGAGGAGGAGGGCGGUCGCCGUGCCGCCAAGAGGCAGCGCAAGGGCCGGAAGGGCAAGGGCCGGCAGGACGAGAAUGCCGACCCUGUGGCAGCCGCGGCGGCGGCAGGUGCAACAGAGUGCAACGGCAUGCCGCCAGGGGCGGAGUUGAUGCUGACUGUGGAGAACAAGACGCCAUUGAAGGACACUUUCCAGUUUGCUCGCAUUAGUGACGGCCUGCAUCGCUUCAGCCUGUCGGGCGAAGGCAAGGCUGUGACAGCUUUGAAGGACAUUGCGCUGGGCGAGGCGCUGCCGCCAAUCAAGGUCAUGUUCAGCGACCGGUUUGGCAACCCGGUGGCCAUGCAGCCCACGCAGACGCCUCCCUGCCUCAGCAUUGCCGCUCUGACGACUGGGCCGCUGGGAGAGCUGCAGCAAUGUGAGGAGCUCCAGGUGGUGGCACAGCAGGCGGCGGCAGAGGAUGGCCUGCUCAUCACCGACCUGCAGCUGCUGGGCAGCGAGGUGGUGGCCAGCGGGCCCGAGGCGCCUGGGCUUCAGCUGCUGGCCAGCGGCGAUGGGCUGUCGCAUCCCACAGGCCGCCAGGCCCAGGUGCAGCCCUCCAAGCAGAGCCUGCCAGCAGCAGAAGUGCAGCUGAGCAUCAGCCUGCAGGGCAGCGCGGAGCUGGAGUCGGUGAAACUGCCGUUGCGCUUGCGAGCGGGAGCACCGCAGUGCCUGCGGUUGCUACCUGGCCACCCAUGGGAAGCAGCACAACAGGAUGGCGGCGCAGGAGUGGUAACGCUGCAGAGCGGAGGCAGCCUGGCGGCGUUCCAGGUUGUAGUCUUUGACGCCUGGGGCAACCCCACUGCCCCAUCUGCCGACUUGGGGUUUACAGUGCUGGCAGAGUGCCAGGCCACGGGACCGCAGGCCAGAGAAUUUACCCCCAGUGGAGGAGGCAUCACCACUGUUGAGGGUCUAGUUGGCGUCAGCUCCACUGGCGCCAGCGGGCCCGCCACCUUCAAACUCAGCUUAAAGAGCUACCCCUGCAAUGCCAGCACCGAGGCAGCAGUGGCGGUGGCAGACCCCACCACCGCUCUGACCUUCCCGCUGGCAGUGGAGCCCUCAAUGAUGCCGACCAGCAUCCAGGUGCUGCGGGAUGGGCAGCCGCUGCCCACUAAGGAGGUGCAAGGCGACGAUGGGCCGAUCACAGUGGCGCUGCUGGACGAUGUGUCGGCAGGCAGCUCAGUUGUGGGCCUGUGCUUUGUGCUUCUGGACGAGGGGGGCACCCCGGCAGCACAGCAGCUGACGGGCAAAGUCACUCUGUCAUGGAAGAGCGGCAGCAAGAAGUUCACCUGGGAUGGAGAAGGGUUCAAGCUGCCCCCUGUCAAGGUGCCAGAGUCGGUUGCAAAUGAGUCCAACCAGUGGAUGCGAUUCACGUCCAUCGACCCAGCAGUAAUGCUGGAGAUGCCGCUGGAGAUCCGCGGUGUACCUGCCGAGCCUGCCAGCUGGACAAUCAGCAUGGUGGACCAGGUGACUAGCCAGAACAGUGAGGUUCUUGGCGUGGUGCAGUGUGGGCAGCCGUUUGCGUUAGAAAUGGAAGCCAUCGAUGCCUUCAACAAUAGAUGUGGCGGCGGCAGUGCGGCGCUGCCAUUGCCUGGGCUGACGCUGGAGAGUGAGGGGCCGCUGCAGUACAACGAGCAGGAGUGGGAGCAGGGCUGGGUGUCACAGGGCGGCGAGCAGGUGUACGCUGUGCGCAUGAUUGUGUCUGGGCACCCGGGGCGUGUGAAGAUUACCGUGCGCGACACUGGGGGCGAAGGCAGCAACUCACUUCUGGGGGAGGACAGCCUGUUUGUGGAGCUGCGUGCAGGGCCACCAGCACAGCUGGCUGUGGAGGGGCCUGCCACCCUUGAGUGCGGCACCAAGAUGGCCAUCCCACAGCUGCGCGUGCGUGUGUGCGAUUCGGCGGGCAACCCCACCACCGGCGAAAACUUUGAGGUCUCCCUGUGCAGCUCAGCAUUGGCCACCGACGGAACUGGCCGUGCCGCCUCAGUGUCAGUCAGUGGUGGCAACAAGAUCAAGCUGAAGCAGGGCGUUGCAGUGUUUAAAGAUGUGCGGGUGGUGGCGGAUGAAGCAGGAAGCUAUGCGCUGCGGGUGCAGGGUGCCAGCCGCAAAGUGGCGGUCCAAGACGCUGUGCUGCACCUUAUCAUGCAGCAGCUCAAUGCGGUGACAAACUUGCGGGUGCUGCUGUCAGAGGUGUUGGAGAGCAGCAGCUGCCAGGCGGGCACCUGCUCUGAGCUGCAUGUGGCGGUGAUGACGGAGAAUGGGCUGUCGCUGCCGCCCGAGGUGGCGGUUGCCAGCCUGGCCUUGAAGGUCUCGCCGCCAGGCGGCGGCAAGAAUGAUGUCGUGAGCUACAUGCUGCCUGCCCCAGAGCAGCCCGAUCAGCCAGUUGAGCUGCAAACAGAGGAUGGGCACUAUGUCUUCCAGCUGCCAGAGCUGACGGCGGCAGGCACUUACACUGCCGUGGCCGAGUAUGCGGAGGCGCGGCCCGACUUGGCAGCAGGGCUGUCCAACAAGGAUGCCAAGCUGCGCAGUGCCAGCGUGCGCUUUGAAGUGCAUCCGUGCCAGCCCGUCACCAUGAGGCUGGAGGCGGCAUCUCUGCCCGAGAAGGUGGCUGUGACUAAUGGCAGCAGUGGCAAACAGCGGCUGAUUCUCCGCAAUGCGGCAGUGCAGCUGCAGGACGUCUAUGGCAAUGCGGCAGGCGCUUGCGGUGUGCAGGUGCGGUGUCGCCUGCGGCUCCCAACUGGCGCCGCUGCAGACAGCUCCUCGCACCUGCCGGAGCUGCAGAGUGGCCACGACUUGGCCCCUCAGGAGACGGAUGAGCGGGGCAGGGCAUUCCUGGGGGACUUGUCCAUUGCAGAGGGCUCAGGCCAUGCCGCCAGUGGCGCCCUGCAGUGCGAGUUGGUGUGCGAAGCGCUGGGCCUGUACCCUAGUUCAGCACAUGAGUUGGAGACAGAUGGCGAUGGCUGGGCUGUCUGCUGGAGCUGUCCGGUGCUGUUCUCCGAUGAUGCAGCCAGGUUUGCACACAUUGAGCGCCUAAACCAGCAGCGCGGCGAGCUGGCGCAGCGGCGGGAGGAGCUCAACCUGCGCAUCAGCGGCGCGCAGCAAGCCUUGGCCGAAGCGCAGGAGCGGCAGCAUCAGGCGCAGCAGGCCAUGGCCAGCAAGGAGGAAGGCUUGCCUGCGCCUGCGCCCAACACCCUUAAUGCAGCUAAGAAGCAGCUGGCCGCUGCACGGCGACAGGCCGAGGCAGCAGCUGUGGAAGAGCCUGAGGAUGUGGUGGAGGCGCGAUACGGCAACCCCAAGAGCACCCUGACGGCCUCGAUUGAUAGGAUCCUGCAGUCAGGCGACCCCGGUUUGGUAGGCGUGGUUGCGCAGCUGGCCACCGUGGAUGACAAGGCCCUGUCAGCAGUGCUGGUUGCUGCGUGCCGCAGUCAGCUGGCCACAGUUGUGGUACAGGACAUACCGGCGCGGCAGCGCGUAGCGGCCAUGCUGGUCAAGAUGGAUUACCCUGUGCCAGACAUGCUGCCAGCAACGAUGAUGUUGGGGUCAAACGCCAAGAAUGGAGACACGCCCGGAUUUGCCAGCGCGGGGCAGCGCGCACGCGCCCUGCAUGCUGCUGCGUGCCGUGGAGCCGAUCCCCCGCUGGCCAUUCCACUGCCACACACGGCCGCCAUCAGCAAGCUGCGGGAUACAGCCGAGGGUGUGGGCAUGUCGGCCACAGACUGGCCACGCGGCUGCCUAGGGUAUGCUGUCAACCUGGUUCGCCCCACACACAAGGGCCAUCGUGCCAACGUCCUGUUCAGCCAGCUUAGCAACAUGCUUGUGUUUGAGACGCUCCAGGAUGCAGAGGAAUACAAGGAGUUUUUGAGCCAGAAGCUGAGGAUUGGGACGGGCAUGUUUCUGUCGCUGGAUGGUAGGAGGAUCAUGGCCAAUGGCGUGGUCAGCGGUGCCAGCUUCCAGGUCCCAGCACUGGAGAAGGCAGACAUGCGGUUUGGGAGCAGCGGCGCGCUGGGCGAGAAUCCAGCGGCUGCGCAGGCCGCCGAGCAGGAGCAGGCAGAGCAGGUAGAGGCCGAGUGUCGCAGCGAGCUGGAGAGUGUCGAGGUCCAAAUUGCAGAGCUGGAUGCACAGUUGGCCCUGGGUGAUAUCGCUGCCGGUGGCGGCGCAGCAGCAGGAGGCCAGACUGGACGAAAGAAGCGGGGCAGGCGGCAGCAGCAGCAGGAAGAGGAAGAGGUGGUGGUCGUGGAGGAGUCGGACGAGCAGCACAACCAUGCGGGCCAGCCCAUCAAAAGGCGCCGGCGCACGGCGGCUUAG